AUGCUCAAAGACACUGUGCGUACGCGCUCCUACAUGAACGCCAUCCUUCAAAACUCGUUCCUGUUCAAGGGCAAGACCGCGGGCGCCAAGCACGUGUACGCGAUCGAGUGCAGCAGCAUCGCCGAGCAGGCGCGGCAGAUUGUGGCGGACAAUGGGUAUGCUGACAGCGUGACCAUCGUCCAGGGGAAGGCCGAGGAGGUCACCCUGCCCGUGGACAAGGUGGACAUCAUCAUCAGCGAGUGGAUGGGCUAUUUCCUGCUCUAUGAGUCCAUGCUGGACACGGUGAUCUACGCGCGCGACAAGUGGCUGGCGCCGGGCGGCCUGGUGUUCCCAGACACGUGCCGCCUGCUGGUGACGGCCAUCGAGGACGGGGACUACCGCCGCGACAAGAUCGACUUCUGGGACAACGUGUGA